CUUUAAUCACCAACGUGAAAGUUUUAAAAGAAGGGAAAAAUGACUACGGUCUUCAAAUUUUUAAUAAUUUGGGUACUUUUGAAUAUCACAACUAAAUGUGGAGGAGAAAAUUUGUUAACUGAGAAUGAUGAAGAACGUAUGCAUCCAGAUUUGGUUCCUUUCGAUACUAGCCAAAUUAAUAGUGCUGAAUUAAAUUCAGAAUAUUGGAUUGAAAAUGCUCAAAAAGCAAUAAAAGAGAAAUUAGCUAUAAAUAAGAAUGAGAAAAAAGCAAAAAAUAUAAUAUUUUUCUUAGGAGAUGGUAUGUCCGUUCAUACAUUAACAGCAACUCGAGCAUAUUUAAAAGAUGUUUCACACCAGUUAUCUUUUGAAAAAUUUCCAUAUGUUGGUCUUUCAAAAACUUACUGUGUUAAUGCACAAGUGGCUGAUUCUGCUUGUAGUGCAACUGCUUAUUUUACUGGUGUUAAAAAUAAUAUUGAUAUGAUUGGAGUGACGGCAGAGGUAGAAAGUCGAGCAUGUGAUGAAACAAAAGUUGUCAAAAAUAGAGUUGACAGUAUAGCUAAAUGGGCACAAGAUUCGGAUAUGUCAACGGGUAUUGUAACUACAACAAGAGUAACACAUGCCACACCAGCUGGUACAUAUGCUUCCAUUGCACAUCGUGAUUGGGAAUGUGAUACAUGGAUUUCCGAAAAAUGCAAAAGUUAUAGUAUUAAAGACAUAGCGUAUCAACUGAUUCACGGGGACACUGGAAAAAAUUUUAAAGUAAUUUUAGGUGGUGGAAGAUCAUUGUUUUUAAACGAAAGUAUGCGCGGAGAGGAAGGUGAAACUGGUACUCGACAAGAUGGGAAAAAUUUAAUUCAAGAAUGGUUAGAUGAUAAAAAGAAACAAAAUAUUAAUGCUAAAUAUAUUUGGAAUCGUAAAGAAUUACUUUCCACUGAUACUAGCAAAAUUGAUUAUUUACUUGGGCUUUUUAGUCCUGAUCACUUACCAUAUCAUGGCGAUAGAAUUCGUUCAUUUACAGAUAAAGGAGAUCCAAGUUUAAGUGAAAUGACGGAAACAGCAUUAAAAAUUUUAAGCAAAAAUUCAAAUGGUUUCUUUUUAUUAGUAGAAGGUGGAAGGAUCGAUCAUGCUCAUCAUUAUGUUAAAGCUAGAAAAGCAUUAGAAGAAACAGUUGAAUUCGCAAAUGCUGUUGAAAUAGCCAAUAAAAUGUUUGACGGAGAUGAUGAAACACUAAUUAUUGUAACAUCAGAUCAUUCUCAUACGAUGACUGUUAAUGGUUAUCCUAAUCGAAAUUCAAAUAUAUUAGGACUAAGCGACUCACUGGAUGAUAAAGGAAAAAAAUACGCAAUAUUAUCAUACGCUAAUGGGGAUGGUUUUUAUACGAUUUUCCCAAAAAAUGGUACGGAAAAAAGAGACAUAGAAAGGGAUGAUUUUGAAGAUGCUGAAUAUAACUAUCCGAGUCAUGUACCCUUAGAAAAGGAAACACAUGGUGGAGAAGAUGUUGCUAUAUUUGCCAAAGGACCUCAGGCUCAACUCUUCGUAGGUAAUUAUGAGCAAAGUUACAUACCAAUAUUAUUGGCUAAAAUUGCUCAAAUUGGACCUUAUAAACUUUAAAAAUUCUUUAAAAUCUAAGUUUGAAGAAUGUACUUUUGUAUAUGUAAGUAUUUAACGUAAUAAAUUGUAUUUUUAUUAAAAUUAAUUAAAAUAUUUUGAAGUA